UAAAGAGAACUAACUUAUCAGUGACUCAAUCAGAUUCCGUAAUCCUAAAUUUCCUUGUUGGAUUUCUAACAAUAAUGCUAAAAUAGGUCCAAAUAUCGAAACUUUUUGGCAUGGUCUAAGUAGUAGCAAAUUUCGUGGCGAGACAACAAUAGGAACGACUUUCCUUUAGGCUAGAGCUUGAACAAAGCGUCACAUCUCAUUCUCAAUGCCUUCUUAAUCCAACCCUGUCCAUGCUUGACGACAGACACUUAUUAGAGAUGUGGUUUAAUCCAACACACCAUUAUUGCUCACAAAGCAAAGUAAAACACUCUUAAAAGAAAAGAAAAAAAAAACGAACAGAUCCAAACCACCAGCUGACAUUUAUUGCUCGAAUUGUACGCACUAUGCAGAAUGCUCCACGUGGCAUUUAGGAUAAUUUUUUUUAAAAUUAACUAAUAAAAUAAUAAUAAACCCCCCACCUUCCUUCCAGUAGUUUCCUGUUUUCACAGGCGCUUCUCUCGACUCUCAUUAGUCAUUACUCCACUGCUGCAGUGCCGGGCUGGCUGCCUCUCUCUCUUUUCGGCAGAAUCUCUGAAAGACGCUUCGGAUCCAUUCGCUCUAUCCUCGCCCCGUUCUCCGCAAAGGUAAUAUCCAGGUUUCCCCGGUCCUUGUUCCUAUCUCCGAUUUCUGUCCACUCGAUCAUUUUGAUGGCAAUCUCUGAUGCUUCGUAUUCGUUUGGGGGAACGAAGCAGGUGCAGUUUGUCACUCUUUGAUUUGCUGUUUUUACGUUGCCUGUGAUUUGGGUUGUCGGUGAAUUUCCCCCUUUUGCUGGACUUCGAUUUAGAAGCGAGAUGUUGAAUUCCUGGGUUUUGAUUCUUGAUCCAAGGAUCUUGCUCCAUGCGUGACUUGUCUCCACGGGAGUUUUCUUUGAAAGCUUAUAACGAUUGGAUUGCCUUCAGUUCCUUCUCGUUGGAUUUCAAUUUGUUUCUGUGGGUUUUUUGUACCUUUUUAGUUGAAUUUGCUGCAGUGAUUGUUUUUGAGGAUCUUUCAUUGGCCGAAAAUCGAGAUCGUCUUAAGAGUCGAUUUGGUGAAUUAGAGGAUUCGAGGGAGAAAGGUUGGGGCAUGGUUGUCUUUUGUUUGUAUUGGUGUUACGGCAAUUGGAUGGAUCUCUUUAUUGGUUGAAGUCGGUUAUGGCUUGGUUUCCAUGUACAGCUCCAGUCAGCUUGUUGAAUGUUGAUUUCAUAAGAGGAAUGGGCAGGCAUAAAUAGAACUGAGCUGUCGUUGAAAGGUUUGAAAGUUGAUCGGUUACUUGUAUGGUUUUCCUUGUUUGACUAGUCAGCAAUUGUACCUCUUUUCUUCUUGUGCACUGGACAAACAUGCCCAACUUCGAGUAGUCGAAGCGUAAGUGCUUGGAAACUGAGAAGCAGUCAACUACUGAAUGCUGUGAUUACUUUAGUCCAGUGUUCUUCUUGUGUCCGAUUUGUUUUUUCUUAGUUCCUUUUUAUGAACUUUCUUCAUUUGCUCUUGUAUUCGUAAUGCAUACCUUCUUAAUGCCCAUUUUACGGAUAAAUAGGAAGAAACACUAGAAAUAUUCUUGUUUUGUUUGUGUUACGUAUAAGUCAAACAAUCUGGGAACUGUUAUUGCAUUGUGCAAAAAAAAUCCUUGGAUGUCCGGCUCCCAUCUGGAAGCAUUGCUUAUUCUUUUUUGCUACAAGUUAACUGUUUUUCCCCAUUUGAUUUCACAUAUGAAAACUAGUGAGAAGAAGAGAUAAUGUCAAGCAGUAGAAACACCCACUGGUGCUACAGAUGCAGGAGAACAGUUCAUUUGAGGGGGCGAGAUGCAGUUUGUCCGUACUGCAGUGGCGGAUUUGUCCAAGAACUGGAUGAAAUGGGUCAAGUCGGCCCUCUGGAUUACUUCGGACACGGUAGUGAUUUUGGUCACGACCAGAGUUCCGGACUCAUGGAUGCCUUUUUUGCCCUUAUGAGGCAAAGAAUAGACGAACAGGAUCGUAGCCAUGGAAUGAGGCCUAGGUCAUCGGAUCCAGUUCCUGAACAUGGUCCUGGGUUCAGUCCCCUGCUCAUUUUCGGUGGCCAACUCCCCGUUCGGCUAUCAGGGAAUGGCGGGUUGGACACGCUUUUCCCUGGAGCCCCAGGAAUCGAGGUCACAAGGGGCAACGGUGGUGAUUAUUUCAUCGGUCCCGGUCUCGAAGAAUUGUUCGAGCACCUCUCCACAAAUGUCAGGCGUGGGCCAGGGCCAGCACCAGCAGCUCGAUCAUCGAUCGAUGCAAUGCCUACAGUCAAGAUAACUCAAAGGCACCUUCGGGGGUCAGAUUCUCACUGUCCAGUGUGCAAGGAUCAGUUCGAACUUGGAUCCGAAGCAAGGCAAAUGCCUUGUAACCAUUUAUAUCACUCUGACUGCAUAGUUCCCUGGCUCGUACAGCAUAACUCGUGCCCUGUUUGCCGCCAGGAGCUUCCUUUGCAGGGUGCGAGUGGUGGCCACGGUCAUCCUGGCUCAUCAAGUUCAAGAAGUAGGACGAGUGGCAGAGAAGGAAGGAGGAGCCUUUUCUCUUCUUUCUGGCCAUUCCGCACUUCUCGUACCAGCUAUCACCUUAGCUAUGAAUGAAAACACUCAUCAGCAGAUGGGUCAUUCAGGAUGGCCUUUUGACUAGGAUGUGUUAGCGUGUGCUUUUGGAUUCGUAUGCUUCCUUUUCUUAUUUGUAAUCGAAACUGGAAAAUCUACCAUCCAUAUGCAGCAUAACUUGGUUGCUUGGGUUUGGGAAGAUUGGAAGUCCCUGUGAGUUGUUGUCCAUAAGUGUUUGAAAGGUCCUUCGUUACUCUUAUGUGCCUACCCUAAUUAAAGGGUUAAUUGCAU